GAGAUCGGCAGCACGAUCUACACGCUGAAGGACGUGGUGGACGAGAUCAGAGACAAACCCACGAGGAGGAGUUUAGCUUUCCUGCCGUACCAACUGACCUUCAGAGAGCCACACCCCGAACACAUCAGACACGGUCACCCGUCGGGUACCCGAUGCAGGACUCUGGCACACACUGACCCCGAACGCAUCAGACACGUGACGGAGUUCUCCAAGAAGACGGGAGACUACCCGAGUCUGUCAGCGACCGACAUCAAAGUCCUGGCUCUGACCUACCAGCUAGAGCUGGAGCACGUGGGAUCCAAACACCUGAAGAAAGAGCCAGAAGUCAAGGUGAACGUCCACAGCACUCAGCGCCACCCAGAGACUCCGGUCAACGUGGCCGGGUUCUUCCUGCCCUCCAGAGAAAAGAAGUCUUCAGAGAGCGUUGGUGUUCGACAGAAGUUUCCGGACGGAGAUCCGUUCAACAGCUUCCAGUUCUGGAGGCCGGCGCUGCCGACCGUCGACAAAGAGCUGCUGCAGCUGCUGGAUCCUCUGGAGGUUUCAGAUCCCAAAGAGAUGUCUUCAGACUCUUUCAACACUUUCAACUCUUUCCAGUUCUGGAGGCCGCCGCUCGCCUCCAUCGACUCUCUGAUGCACCUGCUGGUGAGGAAUCUGGACGACGUUUCUUCAUCAGAUCAGAGGAGCGACGAGGACAAAGAGAACGAGCCUGAAGAGGAGGAAGAUGAUGAUGAGGAGGAUGAAGAAGAGGAAGAGGAGGAAGGUGAUGGAGGAUGGAUCACUCCCGGUAACAUCAAACAGGUGAAGAUGGACUCCUCUGAUUGGACGGCUCCCGCUGAUGUCACAGUCGGAUGUCUGACCACCGACUUCGCCAUGCAGAACGUUCUGAUCCAGAUCGGGCUUCACGUCCUGUCCGUUAACGGCAUGCUCAUCAAACAGGCGAGGAACUACAUCCUGAGGUGCCACGCCUGCUUCAAGACGACGAGCAACAUGAGCAGGCUGUUCUGUCCUCACUGUGGGAACCGGACUCUGAAGAAGAUCGCAGUGACCGUCAGCGCCGACGGAAACACACAGAUGCACUUCUCCAAGAACCCAAAGGUGCUGAACAGCAAAGGACUGAGGCACUCUCUGCCGAUGCCUCAGGGAGGUAAACACGGGAACAACCCUCAGCUGGUGGAGGAUCAGCGCUUCCCUCAGCAGAGACUCUCCCGUAAAGCCCGGCAGAAAACCAACGUGUUCGACCCGGACUUCGUCUCCGGAGCGUCUCCCUUCAGCCAGAACGACAUCUACAGCCGAGCCGCUAACCUGCAGAUCAGAGACGGGCAGGGGGGCGGCGGGCGGCGGCGCGCUAACCCCAACGCCGCGCACAAGAAGUUUGUGAAGAAGAACUGACCGACACCAGGGUUCAGAAUUAUUUAAAGGGCCGAAACACCGCUUCUAGAGUCGAAGUUACAGUAAAAAGACGUAAUUUCCUGCAUUUCACGAACUGUUCCCUGCCGCUUUGUGUCAGUUACUUCAGUGAAUUCACAUAAAUGAUGAUAAUUGGUCCCAAAUCUCAUUGUAUUAAUGUUAUUAAAGCACUAAAAAUCUGGUGUUACAUUUCAACAACAAAUAUCACAAUAUGUUUGUGAAGAAGAACUGACCGACACGAGGAUUCAGAAUUCAUUAAAGUGCCGAAAAACACCGCUUUUAGAGUUUUAAGUUACAGUAAAAAAGACGUCAUUUUCUGCAUUGAACAAACUGUUUCCUGCUGUUUUGUGUCAGUAAUGUAGGCUGGGCGAUAAAAGGAUGUUAUAACGAAUCCACUAAAUAUCGUGUUGUAUUUUGGAUAUGGUAAUGUAUUUCCUGGUUUUAGAGACUUAAGUUACGGUAAAAAUACAUAAUUUUCUGAAUUUCACACACUGUUUCCUGCUGUUUUGUGUCAGUAAAGUCAGUAAAGUCAGUAAAUUCACAUAAAUAAUGAUAAUUUACCCCAAAUCUCAAUGUCUGCACUGAUGAUUUGGUAUUUGCUCAGAAAUAUUGUGACCCGAAUACCAAAAUUGUGAUGUGGAUUAUUGGUGCUUUAAUAAAAAUAUCUACACAAUGAAAUGUUGGAUAACCCUAUUAUCAGUGAUGUGGAUUUAAUGACUUAAUGUGUAAAAGCAAAUAAUAAAAAGGCAAUAACAGUUUAGAAAAUUCAGAAAAUGACAUUAUUUUGCUGUAAAUUAGCGUUUCAAACCAGAAAAAGUCCUGUAUUUCAUCAGAAAUCUAAGACCAUAUCACAUUGCCGAUAUAAUAUAAACAUUGCUCAGCCUUAUUGUAGUCUAAAAAACUAAUUACAGAGCCAUGGGAGCUGGGAUUUAUUAAAAUAAAAGGUCAGAAGUUUGUUAGAAAAACGUAUUUUUGUCAGGGAACCAGAUAUAACGUAAAUGAUAUAUAAUAUAACCCUCCUCCCCCGGCUCCGUAAUGUUUUUUUAAAUUUACACUGACCCUAAUACGCGGUGGUAUGUUACUCGUUAACUGCAUGUUUAAAUAUUACACAGUAAAGCAUGCUAACUGCAGAACGGUCCUUUAAACACACCCAGCAGUAAAACAGGAACCUGUGAUGUGACACGAUCAAUCUGUUCUACACCAAUAAAUGUUCAAACUACAA